AUGGUGUGGUGGUUGUGUUGGUUUGCGGUAUUGGCGGCAGCGAUAGGCGGUGGAGUCUAUGGAGGAGACGUGACAUAUGACGGCAGAUCCCUGAUCAUCGAUGGCCAGCGAAGGAUGCUGUUUUCUGGCUCAAUUCACUAUCCUCGAAGCACUCCAGAUAUGUGGCCAUCUUUGAUCGCAAAAGCUAAAGACGGAGGAUUAGAUGUUAUUCAAACGUAUGUGUUUUGGAACGUCCAUGAGCCCCAACCUGGGCAGUAUGAUUUUAGUGGAAGACAUGACAUAGUAGGUUUCAUUAAGGAAGUCCAAGCACAAGGGUUAUAUGCGAGCCUCAGGAUUGGACCCUUCAUCGAGAGUGAAUGGUCUUAUGGAGGUUUACCAUUUUGGUUGCAUGAUAUUCCAGGCAUAGUUUAUCGAUCUGAUAAUGAACCGUUCAAGAUUGAAAUGCAAAAGUUUACUACAAAAAUUGUACAAAUGAUGAAGUCAGAGGGACUAUAUGCUUCUCAAGGCGGUCCAAUAAUACUAUCACAGAUUGAGAAUGAGUAUCAAAACGUAGAAAAAGCUUUUCAUGAGAAAGGUCCGCCUUAUGUUCGUUGGGCAGCACAAAUGGCAGUAGGACUUGACACUGGUGUGCCGUGGAUGAUGUGCAAGCAAGAUGAUGCCCCUGAUCCAGUGAUCAAUACAUGCAAUGGAAUGAAAUGCGGAGAAACAUUUGUAGGGCCAAACUCACCAAAUAAGCCGUCAUUAUGGACCGAAAAUUGGACAACUUACUAUCAAGCAUACGGUGAGGAUACAACAUUGAGAUCUGCUGAGGACAUUGCAUUUCAGGUUGCACUGUUCAUUGCGAAGAAAAAUGGGAGUUUUGUAAACUAUUAUAUGUAUCACGGAGGAACUAAUUUUGGAAGAACAGCUUCUGCAUAUGUACUUACUAGUUAUUAUGAUCAAGCUCCUCUUGAUGAGUAUGGUAUGAAAAGGCAGCCAAAAUGGGGCCAUCUCAAAGAGUUACAUGCUGCAAUAAAGCUUUGCUCAGAGCCUUUACUUUCAGGAGCACCAAUUAAUUCAUCUUUGGGACCACAACAAGAAGCCAUUGUAUUCCAUGGGAACUCAGGAAAAUGUGCAGCCUUUCUGCUGAAUAGUAAUGAGAGGGAAAAAGCACCGGUGCAAUUUCAGAAUUCCACAUAUGAAUUGCCUCCAACCUCAAUUAGCAUCUUACCUGACUGCAAGACUGUAGCUUUCAACACUGCAAAGGUGAGUACACAAUACGGUACACGAUCGAUGGUGCCAACCUUGAAGUUCAAUUCAAUUGAUAGAUGGGAAGAAUUUCAUGAACCUGUUCCCUGGUUUGAUGAAACUUCCUUGAGAUCGGAUAAGUUAUUAGAGCAAAUGAAUACGACAAAGGACGUGUCUGAUUACCUUUGGUACACUUUCAGGUUUCAGCACAAUUCCUCUGAUGCACAGUCUGUACUCAAGGUGAACUCUCUUGCACAUGUUCUGCGUGCAUUCGUCAAUGGAGCUCUUGUAGGAUCUGCACAUGGAGCUCAUAAAAAUCCAAGUUGUUCUCUGGAGAAUAUAAUUUCUUUAAACAAUGGGAUGAAUAAUAUCUCGUUACUAAGCAUAAUGGUUGGAUUACCGGAUUCAGGGGCAUUUCUUGAGCGAAGGGUUACCGGAUUACGUAGAGUGACAAUUGCAGACAAAAAAGAACUUGAAAAUUUCACUAACUAUUCCUGGGGAUAUCAGGUGGGGUUGCUGGGAGAGAAAUUGCAAAUUUAUACAGUUGAUGGAUCGAGUAAAGUUCAAUGGAACAAAUUUGACUCCUCUUCUAUACCACUCACAUGGUACAAGACUGUAUUUGACGCACCUGGGGGUAAUGAUCCGGUUGCGUUGAACCUUGGUUCGAUGGGGAAAGGUGAAGCUUGGGUUAAUGGCCAAAGCAUUGGUCGAUAUUGGGUCUCAUUUCAUACCCCUGCAGGGUCUCCUUCUCAGAUAUGGUACAAUAUACCUCGAUCCUUCCUUAAACCUACAGGAAACCUAUUAGUUUUGGUGGAUGAAGAAUUCGGGAACCCUCUUGAUAUUUCUAUAGACACUAUUUCAAUCACAAAAGUAUGCGGGCAUGUCUCUGAUUCACAUUUGCCGCCAGUAGUUUCAUGGAAGAGUUACUACCAGAAUGGUAUGAGGUACGAAAAGCACCAUGACUGGAGACCAAAAGUGGAGCUUCAUUGUCCUUCCAAAAGAAACAUUUCCAGAAUUUUAUUCGCAAGCUAUGGAACUCCUUCUGGUGACUGCAGUAGUUAUGCAGUUGGAAGUUGUCACUCGUCUAAUUCUAGAGCCAUUGUGGAGAAGGCUUGUAUUGGGAAGAGUAAAUGUUCCAUUCCUCAUUCAUAUAAAAGUUUUGGUGGCGACCCAUGUCCAGGCAUUCCUAAAGCACUAUUGGUUGAUGCACAAUGCGAGUGAUACUAGAGCAAUUUUGUACCAUGUCUCACACAGUAUUACAUCAUGUCUCACACAGUUUUACAGUUGUUACUCAGUUUACAAUAUGGAAAGGUUUAUUAAAAUUUAUUCAUUCAUGUAUAUGUUAAAACACAGGUGUUCAAAAAUAUUAUUGGAUAUUAGAUAAAUUCAAAAAUGAUAUACGUUAUUGGAUAUUAGAUG